AUGGAACCGAAGUCCAGGGAUGGAGACAAUGAUUAUUCCUCGACUUUCCCGCCAGAAGAUGAGAUGCAGGGUGAUCUGGACCUGGCGGCUGCCCUCAGUCCAGCUUUGAGUCACGGACUUUCGAACACGGCGGAGGCAACAACAACGCCACCGGAUGGAGGCUUGAUAGCCUGGAUGGCCGUUUUGGCCUGUUUUCUUGCCAUCAUGAACACUUGGGGCAUUAUCAUUUCUUUCGGUGUUUUCCAGACCUAUUAUGUAUCGACUUUACAACGCUCACGCUCUGAUAUCUCAUGGAUAGGCUCUAUAGCCGUAUUCUUUCUCUUUUUUACCGGUAUCGUCAGUGGCCGCCUUACAGAUGCUGGCUAUUUUCGAAUCACCACUUUUGCCGGGGCAGUUUUGGUCGUUCUCGGGACCUUUAUGACCUCACUAGGCCAGACUUACUGGCAAAUCCUUCUUGCACAAGGGCUUUGCACUGGUCUCGGCAACGGCCUUCUUCUUACCCCGAUGAUGACGCUCAUCACUACGUAUUUCCGCAAGAGGCUUGCGCUUGUCAUGGGAAUAGCAGCGUGUGGAAGCACAACAGGAGGUCUAAUCUAUCCCAGCAUGGCAAGAACAUUGUUGCCAAGUGUCGGUUUUGGAUGGACCAUGCGGGCGAUUGCCUUCACACAGAUGGGCACGUUUGCCAUUGCUUUGGCGUGCGGCAAGCCGAUAAAAGCGCCUAAAAAGCCAGCUCCUCUGGUGGAUUGGUCUGUGUUCAAGGAGGCUGAGUUCACCCUAUAUCUCCUCGGGGCUUUCCUUGCCUUCUUAGGAGUCUUCUUUCCGUUCUUCUUUCUCAGCUCCUACGCUCGGGAAAAGCAAGGGCUGUCAUACACAGACUCCCUGAACCUCACACUUGUGCUCAAUGGUAUCGGGUUUAUUGCCCGCCUGCUGCCAAGUUUCAUUGCAAGAUACCUUGGCACAAUGAAUGUGUUUACCGCAUUCGUAUUUACCUCUGCUCUCAGCAUGUAUACCUGGAUCCCGGUUCAUUCAACUCCUGGGCUCUAUGUCUGGACGACGUUCUACAGUCUCUCUGUAGGGGGUGUCCAAUCGCUUUUUCUCGCCGUGGUUGCUAUCAUUAAUUCGGACAUGUCAAAAAUAGGAGCGCGACUGGGCAUCAUCUCCGCUGCUGUUGGAAUUGGAGCACUGCUUGGAUCCCCUGUUUCAGGCGCCAUCAUAUCCGCAGGAGGAGGUUCCUAUACCGGUGCGCAAGUAUUCUCGGGAAGUACUCUUGUUGUUGGAGGCUUGUUUGUGGUUGCAUCACGAGAAAUCAAGAGGCGGCAGAAGCAGGGGGGCUUUUGGGUGAAACUGUAA